AUGACUCUGUUUUUUCACUGGGUUGAAGCAGACUCGGUGAAAGCGGUCAUCACCCCUGUGCAGCGGCAAGCGAGGAGGCUUUGCCACUCCCAAGUCUUCGACCAGAACGGGCUCCUGAACGGGGGCCUGGUUCUGCAAGCUCUGCUGUACGCGCCUUCCCUCUGUAAUGUGAACAGGGCUUCCAGGUCUGUGGACCGUCGGAGAAUAGCCCUUCUGCGCGAACUGGGGCUCCCAGGAAGAGGAUGCUGCCUAGUACUGGGGUUCAUGUACAAGGAGAAGUACCGCAGGAUGACUGAAGGUCAAGCCUCCUCCUUCACGCAGCAGCCCCAGGACCAGGUGGUGAUCGCUGGGCAGCCCGUGACGCUGCUGUGCGCCAUCCCCGAGUACAAUGGCAUCGUGCUGUGGAUUAAAGACGGGCUCGCCCUUGGAGUCGGCCGGGAUCUCUCAAGUUAUCCGCGCUAUCUGGUCAUAGGAGACCAUCUGUCUGGAGAGCAUCACUUGAAAAUCCUGAGAGCUGAUCUCCAAGAUGAUGCCGUCUAUGAAUGUCAGGCCAUUCAAGCGGCCAUCCGAUCCAGACCUGCCCGGCUGACUGUUCUCGUUCCUCCAGAUGAUCCUGUCAUUAUGGGGGGGCCCAUCAUCAGCCUGAGAGCAGGGGACCCCCUCAACUUGACCUGCCACGCGGACAACGCCAAGCCAGCAGCCUCCAUCAUCUGGAUGCGGAAAGGAGAAGUCAUCAACGGAGCCACCUACUCCAAGACACUUCUCCGUGACGGCAAGCGGGAGAGUAUCAUGAGCACCCUUUUCAUCGCCCCCUCCGACAUAGAGAACGGGGAGAGCAUCGUCUGCCGUGCCACCAACAAAGCCAUUCCCAGCGGGAAGGAGACCUCCGUCACCAUUGAUAUCCAGCACCCACCCCUGGUGAACUUGUCCGUGGAGCCGCAGCCGGUGCUAGAGGAUAACACAGUCAAGUUCCACUGCUCUGCCAAGGCCAACCCCGCCGUCACCCAGUACAGGUGGGCAAAAAAAGGCCAGGUUAUAAAGGAAGCUUCGGGUGACUUCUAUGAAACCAUCGUGGACCACACCUUCUUCUUCGAGCCCAUCUCCUGCGAGGUCACCAACGCGCUGGGCAGCACAAACAUCAGCAGGACCGUGGAUGUCUACUUUGGGCCCAGGAUGGCGACAGAACCGCAGUCCCUCCUCGUUGACCUGGGUUCAGACGCAGUUUUCAACUGUGCCUGGACUGGGAACCCGUCUCUCACUAUCGUCUGGAUGAAGCGAGGCUCAGGCGUGGUCCUGAGCAACGAGAACAAGCUGACGCUGAAGUCCGUCCGCCAGGAAGACGCUGGGAAAUACGUGUGCCGAGCCGUGGUCCCGCGGGUCGGCGCGGGGGAACGGGAGGUGACGCUCACCGUCAACGGGCCACCCAUCAUCUCCAGCACCCAGACGCAGCAUGCCCUCCACGGCCAGAAAGGGCAGAUCAAGUGCUUCAUCCGCAGCACCCCGCCACCAGACCGAAUUGCUUGGUCCUGGAAGGAGAACGUCCUGGAGUCUGGGACCUCCGGGCGCUACACGGUGGAGACAGUCAGCACGGACGAGGGUGUCAUCUCCACGCUGACCAUCAGCAACAUCGUCCGGGCUGAUUUCCAAACCAUUUACAACUGCACCGCCUGGAACAGCUUCGGCUCCGACACGGAGAUCAUCCGGCUCAAAGAGCAAGGUACGGAAAUGAAAUCAGGAGCUGGUAUUCAAGCAGAGUCGGUGCCGAUGGCAGUGAUCAUCGGAGUGGCCGUGGGGGCCGGCGUGGCGUUCCUGGUGUUGAUGGCCACCAUCGUCGCCUUCUGCUGCGCCCGCUCCCAGAGGAAUCUGAAAGGUGUGGUCUCUGCCAAGAACGAUAUCCGCGUGGAGAUCGUGCACAAGGAGCCGGCCUCGGGCAGGGAGACGGAGGAGCACCCGACCAUCAAGCAGCUGAUGCGAUGGCGGAGGGAGGCCGGCAAGCGAAGCGUCCCGCCGCCCGCUAAUUCACGGCGCGAGACGGCAUCAGGGCUAAUCCGCCCCGCAAACUUUAAUAAGGGGCGCGCUAAUGACCGCAAGCAGCGGGUGCCCACCGGCAUGUCCUUCACCAACAUCUACAGCACCUUGAGCGGGCAGAGCCGCCUCUACGACUACAGCCAGCGCUUCGUGCUGGGCAUGGGCAGCAGCUCCAUCGAGCUGUGCGAGCGCGAGUUCCAGCGCGGCUCCAUGAGCGACAGCAGCUCCUUCCUCGACACCCAGUGCGACAGCAGCAUCAGCAGCAGCGGCGCAAGUGGGUGCCUGGUGGCAGAGGGAAACUGA